AUGACAUGUUCUCAGUGUAAUGCGGACCUUCAAUGCGAUAAACACGCUCUCGUUUCGUUGACGGAAUGGUCUCACAGCCAUAUCAGAGACGUAUUUGAAUCGACCAGCGAGAAAGAAUGUAUUCAAGCUAUUCAAGGCACGUUUGCUAGCGAUAUAACUGCAUCAAUCAACGGGAAGCAAGCAAAUUUCGAUGAGAUUGUAGAGUCCGUAUUAAGGAUUCGAGGAGGGUCGGAACAUGGAUUAAAAGUGGAGUGGAGGGAGAGUGUAGAGGCUCCUCGAGAUGGCAGUAACAGAGCGGGCACCUUCGGGGGGUCGUAUGUUAUUCAUGGUAUCCACAAAACGAGCACCAAGGACGGUAAAACACUAGAUUUCCAGAGGCAGAAAAUUAUAGUUGUGCAGUAG